CAAACGUUCAGCAAUGGAGACCCAAGCGGCGACGGAGCCGCGAUGCUACGAGGACGUCCGCAAGAGCGGUUACCUGCGCAAGCCGAAAUCCGCGCACCGGCGCUUCUUCGUGCUGCGCGCGCCUUCCGAGAGCGGCCCUGCCCGUCUGGAGUACUACGAGAGCGAGAAGAAAUUCCGGAGCAAGUCCCCGGUGCCCAAGAAGGUCGUCGAGCUGGAUUCGUGCUUUAACAUCAACAAGCGCGCCGACUCCAAAAACAAGCACAUGAUCGUCCUGCACACCCGCGGGGAGAGCUUCGCCGUGGCCGCGGACACCGAGGAGCUGCAGAACGAGUGGUACCAGGCCAUGCUGGACCUGCAGUGCAGAAGUAAGACCCCAGAUGACUAUGGCAGUGGGGGAGAUUGCGGAGCGCUAUCCCCUGGCCCUACAUUUAAGGAAGUAUGGCAAGUUAAGCUAUGGCCCAAAGGCCUAGGGCAAGCAAGAAACCUGAUUGGCAUCUACAGACUUUGUCUUACUGAUAAUACAGUAAACUUUGUUAAGCUGAAUUCGGAUGUACCUUCUGUAGUGCUGCAACUGAUGAACGUACGGCGCUGUGGCCAUUCUGAGAACUUUUUCUUCAUUGAAGUCGGCCGUUCAGCCGUGACAGGACCUGGAGAGUUUUGGAUGCAGGUGGAGGAUUCUGUAGUUGCACAAAACAUGCAUGAGACUCUUCUUGAGGCUAUGAAAGCCUUGAGUGAAGAAUUCCGUCAACGGAGCAAAACCCAGGCAGUGGGGACUUCCUGUGGAGGCGGCACAGCCUCUAAUCCUAUUAGUGUGCCAUCACGACGCCACCAUCCAAAUCUGCCACCUUCCCAGGUAGGCUUCUCCAGACGGGCUAGGACUGAGACUCCCGGUGUGCCUCACAGCACCAACACAUCUCCAACGUCUCGACACGGCUUCUCCAGGUCACGCACAGCCAGUAUUGGUGCAAGGACAGAGGAUAGCAGUGGCAGAAUGACUGCUCUUAGCACCAGUCCAAGCCUCAACGGCUCGUCUUGCUCCACCACCCCUACCCUACGACCUAAACCCACGAGAGCACCUACCCCGGCCAAGAUCACACUUAGUUUGGCACCAUACACCCCGAAGAAUCCAGCACCUUCCCCAGCCCCUAGUCUCUCCUCAAGCUCUGGCCAUGGGUCAGAGUGUGGACUGACCGGAGCUCCAUUAGGGACAGUGCCCAUCUGCACCUAUGCUCGAAUCCCACAGAGAGUGUCCAUGUCAGGUUCCCCUAGUGACUAUGGCUCCUCUGACGAGUAUGGAUCUAGCCCUGGUGAGCACUCUCUUCUGUCUGGAGGUCUCUCUACUGCAUUAGUAGAUGGCUCUACUAGCUGCAUAUUAGUCGGGCACAGAGACAGUACUCAUAAGAGAGUGCAUGGUCGCAGAAUCCUUCGACGCUCCUCCAGUAGAGAGUAUGAAGCUGAGCGCAGGUUACUUAGCAAGCGUACUUCUCUUCCACCUUCCACUGCUCAGGAGCGCAUAGUGCCUCACUGCAGGGAAGAAGAAGAUGAAGAGGAUGAAGAAUAUGCAGUGAUGUCUCGCAGCACCAGCAGAGAAUCAUUCACCUCUCGUCGGGGCUCAGGAAGCUUAGUAACUCCAAGUGGACAGGUGGAGACCUCAGCCAAUAAAGGUGUAAAUACAAAAGAGGGUCUGGAAAACACCUUGAUUGACAGUGGCUACAUGUCUAUGCUGCCAGGUGUUACAGCUCCUGCAAGUUUGUCUCUUUCAGUGUCUGAAACAGAACCAAAAGGAGGGGACGAGUACAUGACUAUGACCCCUAACAGCAGUGUUUCACCCCCACAAAACAUCCGGCUUCCUGUCUCCGAGGGCUACAUGAUGAUGUCUCCACACAGCAGCUGUUCCCCAGAUCUACACGGCAUGAGUGGGUGCUUGUGGGGUAGCAGGAGUAGCAUGGAGAGUCGAGCAGGUAGUGACUACAUGAACAUGUCACCCAUUAGUGCCAGGUCAGCCUGCAGCACACCCCCUUCACACCCAGAACAACAUCCUUUACAGCCCAAAACAGUGUACUCCUACUUUUCCUUGCCACGGUCUUACAAACAUACCACCCUUUCUACACGCUUUGAGGAUAAUUUGGGAGAUGGAAGGCGGUCAGAGGUGGUUUCUAGGGGUGAAGGUGUUCCUGGAAGGAGGACUGGACGUGGUGGUUAUACCAAUAGAGCUGACUCUUCUGCUGGCCCCAAUGGAGGCGGAAACCUUUCCCUGUCCUCCUCUUCAUUCUCUUCCAGUUCAGCAAGCACUGAAAGCUUAGAGGACAAACCUUUAUCCCUCCCUGCUGGGGGAAUUGGGAGGUCCAGCACAGGACACAGGGUAGGGGGUGUUCACCCCAAAGAUUCAGCCCAUUAUUUACACCAGCAGAGACGAGGGCCAUGUGUCCAGAAACAGGGUUAUCCACAGCAAAGAAAAGGAAGGCCCUUUAGUCUCUUUGUGGACAUGUCCAAAGCCAACACCCUACCUAGAGUCAAAGAGACUGUACAGCCAUUAGUAUCCCAAAGCUCUGGUGAAUAUGUCAGCAUUGUUUAUCAGGGUGAUCAGAGGAUGUGCAACAGAGGAGUAACAAGUGAAAAUCAGGGGAGCUCUGUAGUUCAAGGUCAAUCAAGAGCCUCAUACCAACAGUCUUCAUGCCAAGUUAGUGGUGGUACCAAUUUGCCCCGCAGUUUUUCAGCACCCCUCUCCACUUCAAUCUCUGUAUCCUCGGAGUAUGUCAACAUGGAUUUGGGCCAUUCUUCAUCUCCCCUGUCCUGCACAUCACUCUCUUCUUUUAAUCCCACUCCAGCAAUAGCGCCAAGAGCUAGAGAGGUUCCCUCAAGAGCUCCACAAGUAGCACAGGAAGCCGAAAAGGGAAAUAGAAAUAGUGGUAUGCCCACCUUGCCCUCUGGGGACAUAAGUAGUGCCCCUUUUACAGACUACACAGAAAUGGCAUUUGGUCUGGCUAGAGCAGAAAGCCCUUUACAUGGUCCCAAACCAGAGCAAACAGCUGAGUGUUCCUCUCUUGAGCAGGAACAAAGCAUGGAUUUCCACUCACCCAAGGCAUUCCCUAAGUUAGACCAAGGUGCCAGACUGGUCAGAGUGGAAUCAACAGCAAGACGGAGGCAUCGCUCAGAUACCUUCAAGGCGCCUCCAGGAAUCCCUCUUUCCCCCUCUUCCUCCUCUUCCAUUUUUACGGAAGCUUCCCAAACCACUACAACUCGAUGCCAUGGGCUAGAGGGUUCCCUCUGGGCUACUGGACAGCCAUCUGCUGCACCAUGCGCUGCUCCUGGGCUGACAGCUCUAACUGCAGCCCAGGCUUCAUCUUUGUCACUGGAGCAUGGUCUAAACUACAUUGACCUUGACUUGGCUGGUAAGGACAACCCUCAAAUGAGCCUGGAUGGAUCUUCUGGGCCACAUUUCACCGUCUUGGGUGAAACGUUAACACUGGGAUUAGGUGGAACAGCAGCUGGGGGCAGCAGCAACUCCAGCAUAAACACAUAUGCCAGCAUUGACUUUUUUAAGUCAGAGGAACUAAGAGUCCACCAGCAUACCAGGAAAGACAGCAAAGAGUGCUGAUCAUCCUGCUUGCUGAAGAGGAACAGAUGUGUGUGUGUGUGUGUGUGUGUGUG